ACAAUACCUAUCCAACUCAAUAUAAAAUUCAUGAAUUUACCAAAGAUCUUAAUCCACAAUAUGUCUUUUUCAUUAAUUUGUACCAACCUGAAAUAUUUGAGAAAGCCAUUUUUAUUGCUAUUGAAACAGAAACUGGAUUCAAAACCACUUAUAACAAUCCAUUUACAUUAGCAACCUCAACUAUACCAUACAAUUAUGGAUUACUAAUAUAA